AUGGUGGGGGUUGCACGUUCGAACAAUUUAAUCGAACGCAUCCUCCCAUUUUUAAUGGAAGAGGCGAUGCAAACGCUGCAGAAGAUUGGAUACAAGAUAUUGAAGAAAAUAUUUCGUAUUUUGGAGUGCACAGAUCAGCAAAAAGUCAGGUUCGCAGCUUUCAAACUAUCUGAAGAAGCAAAGAGAUGGUGGAAUUCUGAGAAAGUUAUCAGGGAAACUGAGGGGACUGGGUUAAUUGCUUGGGCUCAAUUCAAGCAGAAUUUCUUUGAUCGAUUUUUCCCUAAGGCUGAUAGGGAAGCAAGAGCUCAAUUAGUACACAAGGCGAUGCUAGUUGAGCAGAAUAUCAAGAGGGGUGCUGAAUUGCAAGAACAGAGGAAGAGAGCUGCUCCACAAGGAUUCCAGAGUUUGGAUCAAGGGCAAUGGAAAAGGAGAAAUGAGGGGAGCAGUUCAAGUCAGAGACAGAUACAGGGAAAUCAUACCUCUAACCCCUGUAAGUUUUGUGACCGCAUACACCAUGGAGAGUGCAGAAAGGAAGUGGGAUCAUGUUUCAAAUGCAGUAAGGAUGGGCAUUUCAUUAGAGAAUGUCCAUUGUUUGGGGUGAACAACAGAAGGCCCAACCCAGCUCAAAACUUUAGGCCGAAUAACCAAGGCAACAAUCAGCGGAGGACUGUACCAGCACGGGUGUUUGCUUUGACACCGGGAGAAGCUGAGGACAAGGAUGAUGUCAUCACAGGAAUUGUUCCCUUAUUCCUCAAUAAGGCUAUUGUUUUAUUUGACUCGGGGGCUACCCACUCCUUUAUUUCAAUGGAUUAUGUUAAGUUGUGCCCCAUUGUUGCUAAUGAGAUGGACUACAAUUUGAGGGUCUCUACUCCAACUGGUGAUAUAGUGACUUGUAACAAGAUUUUACUCAAGUGUCCAAUAACUAUUAGCGGGAAGGAAAUGCCAGCUAACCUGAUAGUCUUUCCUAUGAUUGGGGUGCGUACCCCUCCAUCAGUUAUUUCUGCUUUUCAGGUUGACAAGUUGUUACGUGAUGGGUGUCAAGGGUAUUUGGCCUUUGUGGUGGAUGAACCAAAGGAAGAAUUGAAACUUGAAGAAAUUCCUAUUGUGAGGGAAUAUACGGAAGUUUUUCCUGAAGACUUGUCUGGAUUACCGCCUGAGCGAGAGGUAGAGUUUGCUAUUGAAUUAACCCCAGGCACGGUGCCUCUUUCCAAAGCCCCUUAUCAAAUGGCACCAUCAGAGUUAGCCGAGCUCAAAAAACAGUUGCAAGACUUAUUAGAUAAAGGGCUUCCACGGACACCUACAGGACAAGAUGCAAUUUGGGUGAUAGUUGACCGUUUAACGAAGAUAGCUCAUUUUGUACCUAUCAGAGUUUCUUAUAAGCUGGAGAAACUAGCCGAGCUAUAUAUACAGGAAAUAGUGAGGUUGCAUGGGAUAGAUGGUCAGUCGGAAAGGACCAUUCAAAUUUUGGAAGACAUGUUGAGAGCUUUUAUGCUGGAUUUUAAGGGAUCUUGGAUUCGACACUUGCCUUUGGUCGAGUUUGCUUAUAAUAACAGUUACUAG